AUGAGUGAUAUCCUAAUUGACUCAUCCCGUGUGUUUAACGGAGAUGAAACCUCCUUUUAUCUUCAUCCGAAAACUAAAGAAGUCAUUGCACAGAGAGGAAGCAAAAACGUCUACGAAGUGGAACAAGCCUGCAGCAAGCAAAACGUUACCGUGAUGUUUUCGUUCAGCGCAUCCGGACUGGUGGUAAAUCCACUGGUCAUUCUUCCAGGGCAGAGAAUCAGAAAGGAAAUCGCGCAAGGAUUUCCCUCAGAAUGGGGACUUGGGCAGACCGACGUCUCUAUUUUCAAACCAAUAAAAGAUCAGUGGAAGAACGAAGUAGAUGACUGCCGCUCGAAGCAACCAGAUGUUAGUUUCACAUUGCGUGUCUUAGGAGGUGUGCUACAGCAAGCAGUAGCAAAGGGAAUUAAAAACAGUAUUACUAACGGUUUUCGUGUGUGCGGUUUGUUCCCUUUCGAUGCUGAGAACGUUGAUUACACUAAAUGCAUAGCGAAAUCGUCGAAUAACACUGUGUCUCCUCCUGUAGUUCCCAGUCAGCAGACUUCAUUACCCAAUAGUGAUACAACCGUAACAAACGAAACAGCUGAUGAACCCGUACUGUCCGAUGCAAAAAGUGUUGAGGUAUUAAUCGGAAAUACUUCAUCUACAGUAAUCCACCAACUGUUCACCAGUAACACUGACUCACCCACAUCUGAUGUGAAUAUUCCAUUCACAGUGUCUUCUGCCUAUGUGCCCAUUCACAAAGACAAAAUCAAAACAGCAAUUGAAGUUAUGGGAAGAUCUACGCUUUCGAAGAUUCAACGACUAAACGCUGAUUUGUCUCAUGAGGAGCAGGUUCUUCAAUAUUUCUACAAAGAGUUUAUUCGCCUUUUUACGACCUUCGUAAAUAACUCAUUUGAGGACGACCACAUUGAACAAAAUGCAAUGGUCGAAAUUGAGGAGGAUGACACAAUAAUGGGAGAGUUAUUGAUCGAUAAUGACGGAAACGUAACCAUCUCGGCGGCACAAUAUUUUGAGGAAAAGGAUGUGAUUCGUUCCUUGAAAGAAUCGAUGGCAAGCAGUGACAUAACCACAGACACAGACACCGAAGCACUCAAUAAUGCCGUUUCAAUGAGCUUUGGCACUACUGAAAAUAUAUGCGUUGACUCAACUUCUGGUCACCCUGUUCCCAACAUUCUCAGAGAUACAACAAACGUUGUAUCGCAAACAAGGAAGAAAAGUAUUUUCGAAUUUCUUAAGAUUCCACCAACCCCUCGACGAAGCGCGAAGCAUCGAAGCUAUACCAAAAAAUACUUUCCCGUUCUGACGGCCGGAGAACGUAUUGAGGAAAUAAGAAAAGCAGAGCAAGAAAAACAAGAAAAUGAAAUUCAAAAGAAUAUAGUUUACUGUGAUUUCAGCAUCAGCUUUUUUCUCCUGAUUGAUUGCAAUUUCUAUGAGACGUAAAAUAUGUUCUGUCAAUGUCAUUAGUAGCCAUGAAAAAAGUAGAAAAUUAAUUGUGAAGUUGCUUUUAAUGAAAUUCCAAUGCUGUCUGAUUUCCAGCGAAAUAAACUCAAAG